UUCUCCUGAGUGGAUGCUAAGAUGCCUUUGAAAAUGGUCCUUUCUUUUGAAGGUUUUUCCACAUUCCGGGCAGUGAUAUUUCUUUGCUUCCUCCUGGAUCCUUUGGGGCUUUGGGGGUCUUCCGAAGGAGCCUCCGCCCUCCAGGCCCGUCUCGGGGUCUCCGCCCAUUUCCUCCUCCCUGCAUCGCCCUCCAGGCAGCCGCUUUCCCCGGGCUCCCCCUGGGCUCCUCCCUCCUGCAGCCCCGGAGCCCCCCGGCCUUUCCCCGCCGUCUGCCAGGGAAGCCACGCCGGGACCGGGCAGGGCUGCUCCGCGGGGCCCGCUCUCCUCCUCCUCCUCCUCCUGGGCGGCGCCUCUUUCCUGCAUCCGCCGCCAUCCUCCGUCCUCCUGCAGGGGAGAGAGAGAAGAGGGUCACGGCUGCCUCCCCUUCCCCUCAGAGGAGACCCAGGCCCAAGCCCCCCCUCGUGCGGACCCGAAAGAGACCCUCCCAGCAUCCCCUGCGCCAAACCUGCAUCAUUUGUCACAGAUCGAAGCAGCUUCCCUCGUUGCCCGUUUUGUUCCCGGAAGUGGAGGCUUCGCGCCCUUUUUCCUCCACUAGUUCCGCUUUUUCCUUCGGGGGAUCCGCCCCUCGGAGUCCUCCUGCCAAUCGCCAACCUCCCCAGAGCGACCAAUCGGCGUCCGCCUUCCUUCAAUCAGGCCCACGGCGCCUGCGCCCUGCCGAGGGGGUUGCUGGUCCUGCGCGAAGGAGGACGGAGGAUGGCGGCAGAUGCAGGAAAGAGGCACCGCCCGAGAGGAGGAGGAGGAGAGCGGGCCCCACGGAGCAGCCCUGCCUGGUCCUGGCACGGCUUCCCUGGGAGACGGCGGGGAAAGGCCGGGGGCUCCGAGGCUGCAGGAUGGAGGAGCCCAGGGGGAGCCCAGGAAAGGCGGCUUCCUGGAGGGCGAUGCGGGGAGGAGGAAAUGGGCGGAGACCCCGAGACGGGCCUGGAGGACGGAGGCUCCUUCGGAAGACCCCAAAAGUCUCAAAGGAUCCAGGAGGGAGGAAAGAAAUAUCAGUGCCCGGAAUGUGGAAAAACCUUCAAAACAAACGGAAAUCUUGAAAACCAUUUAAAAAUCCACACAGCAGAGAAACCAUUUAAAUGCCCGGAAUGUGAAAAAUCCUUCAAAAGAAACGACCAUCUUCAAAGGCAUCUUAGCAUCCACUCAGGAGAAAAACCUCACAAGUGCCUGGAGUGUGGAAAGAGCUUCAAUCAGAGGAGCAGCCUUUAUACACAUCAAAGGAUCCAUUGGGGAGAGAAGCCUUAUAAUUGCCUGCAGUGUGGAAAGAACUUUCUUCAUACCAGCAACCUUUUUAGACAUCAAAGGAUCCAUUUGAUAGAGAAACCGAAGAAAUGCCUGGAGGGCGGAGGCUCCUUCGGAAGACCCGGGAAUCCCCAAAGGAUCCUGGAGGGAGGAAGGAAAUAUCAGUGCCCGGAAUGUGGGAAAACCUUCAAACGUAAUGGACAGCUUCAGAGCCACCUAAGGAUCCAUUCAGGAGAAAAGAAAUACAAAUGCCCAGAAUGUGAAAAAUCCUUCAAAAGAAAUGACCAUCUUCAAAGGCAUCUAAGGAUCCACUCAGGAGAAAAACCUCAUAAAUGCUUGGAGUGUGGAAAGAGCUUCAGUCAAAGGGGAAACCUUUAUUCACAUCAAAGACUCCAUUUAGAAAUCAGGUACCAAUGCUGGCAAUGUGAAAAAUCCUUCAAAACAAUUCAAAUCCUUGAAAAACAUGUAAGAAUCCACUCAUUAGAGAAACCAUUUAAAUGCCUGGAGUGUGGAAAGACCUUUGAUCAUUGGAGCAAUUUUGAUAGACAUGAACAAAUCCAUUCAGAAGAAAAAAAAUACGAAUGCCCGGAAUGUACAAAAUCCUUUAAAAGAAACAGCCAUCUUCAAAGGCAUCUAAUAAUCCACUCAGGAGAAAAAUCUCACAAAUGCCUGGAGUGUGGAAGGAGCUUCAGUCAGAGGAGCAGCCUUUAUAGACAUCAAAGAGUCCAUUUACAAGAAGAGUAUGAAUGUGGGGAAUGUAAAAAAUCCUUCAAAACAAUUCAAAUCCUUGAAAAACAUCUAAGAAUCCACAAGCCAAAUAUAUGCCUGGAGUGUGGAAAGAGCUUCAGUCAAAGGGGAAGUCUUGAUAGCCAUCAAAGAAUCCACACAGGAGAAAAACCCUACAAAUGCCUGGAGUGUGGAAAGAGCUUCAGUAAUGGUUCAAACUUCUGUCGACAUCAAAGAGUCCACACAGGAGAAAAACCACAUAAAUGCCUGGAAUGUGGAAAGUGUUUCAGUACGAGAGGAGCUCUGUAUGGACAUAAAAUGAUUCACACAGGAGAAAAACCGCAUAAAUGUCUGCAGUGUGGAAAGAGCUUCAGUCAGAAAGGAACCCUUGACGGACAUCAAAGAAUCCACUCAGGAGAAAAACCCUACAAAUGCCUGGAGUGUGGAAAGAGCUUUAUUGAGCGUAGUAGCCUCCGUCGACACCAAAGUGUCCACACAGGAGAAAAACCACAUAAAUGCCUCGAAUGUGGAAACUGUUUCAGUCGGAGAGGACAUCUUAAGAGACAUCAAAGAAUCCACUCGUGGGAGAAACCAUAUAAAUGUCUGGAGUGUGGAAAAAGCUUCGGUCAGAGAGGAAAACUUUCACUCCAUCAAAAAAUCCAUUCCGGAGAAAAACCACAUUAAUGCCUGGAGUGUGGAAAGAGCUAUACUCAGCGUAGGGGCCUCCAUCGAUUCAUGCGGGAGAAAAAUUAUAAACAUGAGUUUGAAAAACCUUCAGUCCCAGAGUGUAUCUCAGGAAUUGAAUUGAAUUGCGCAUUAAAUCUGGCCAAGUGUGAAUAGGCACACUAGGAAUUUGUCUUAAGCUCUCAGUGUACAUACAAAGCAACAGAAUAAUGAUAUUCAUGAUAAUUAGAAUAAUUCCAAUUGAGAGUCGAAUAAAGUAGAUAUUAAGAAUGGUAAAUAAUAACUGCCAAAUAAGGGACUUUCCCAGGCUGAAUAAUAAAGGACUUUUUCAAUUGUACAUAUGAGAUGUUUCAACUGGCUGAAAUUGAACCUUUUCACAACAGACUUUCCUGACUCAUGAUGCCAUUUCCCAUCUGGACGUUCUUUUAAUGCAAGGCUCAUUAUUGUAAUAUGGGAUGUUAAUUUCCACGUCUCUGAUGUAGCUGUAACUGAGCAAGGUGAUUUCUUCCAGGGUGGAUUUGAUUUAAAUCAGGUUGAUUUAAAUCACGAUUUAAUUUAUUAUACAAAUCACUAGCAAAAAGGCCCAUGGUUACUGUGAAAUUGUGUGAAUGUAUCAAUACAGUGCAUGUUAUCUCAGUUUGCAGAACUUGGAUUCAUUGAAUGAGUUUUCCAGAAAUUUAAAUAUUGCAGAAAAUACCCUUUCAUGCUUCAUAACUAAGCUCCAUUUCAUGCUGAAUAAACUAAAUUGUUAAUACAUCUAAAAUAUAGAACGAUCUUUAGAUAGAUUUUUACAUCAAAAGCAUUUUAUUGAAAUGAAUUUGCUAAAAAUAAAAAACCCGAUUUCAAUAAAAAAAUCUAUUUUUAAAAAAAAA